AUGUUAAAACAAUUUACAAAUACAUUAAUCAAUAUAGCUAAAUCAAAUAAACAACAAUUAAAACAACAACAAAAUAAAUUAAACAAACCCUUUAUAACAAUAUAUCAUAAUAAUCAAUCUAUUGUAUCACAUAAUUUAUUAAAAAAUUUAGAAUCUUAUAGUUUAUUACCUUGUACUCAAUAUAAGCAACAACAAUUUAUUAAUCCUAAUAACUAUCAUAAUAAUAAUGAAAACAGCUAUGAAACUAUAAAAUCAAGUUUUUUACCAACUUCAAAUGCUAAUUCAUUAUCAUCAUCCUCAUCAACUACCUCCUCAUCGUCAUCAAAGGAUAAAAAUUCAUUAAAAUUUAAUAUUGAAAUUAAAAAUAAUUCAAAUUUAUCAAAAGAUGAUUAUGAUUUUAUUGUAAAAAAUUGUUUAGAUAUUCAUCCAGAAAAUAAUUUAAUAAUGUUAAAAUUAUUAACCAAUACAACGAUUGAUAAUCAAUUACAAUCAUCACCUCAACAACAAUCUCCUCAAAAAUUAUUAAAAAAUUUUGAAUUAUUAGAUAAAUUAUAUAAUUAUGAAAAUUUUAUAAAUUUAAAAUUAAAUCAACCUUUAAUUAUUGAUUAUCAAAAUAAAUUAUUAGGUAAUUGUGAUUCAAGUUUUAAUAGAAUUAUUAUAAAUUAUUUAAAUUGUGGUAUUCAAAAUUUAAGUUUAUUUAAUCAUAAUAAUACUACAACUAAUAAUUAUAAGAGAAGUAAAAAUAAUGAUGGGUUGAGUAUUGGUAAUUCUAAUUCAAAUUCAGUUCAAUUAACUAAUUAG